UCGCACCUUACACCAAACUCAAUUAUACAAAACCCUGAAGAAAGACACAGCCAUUGUUUGUUUACUUUCCAUUGAUUGAGCGAAAGCUUUGUUUUUUCUGCGAUCAUUUUCCAUUGGGUGGAAGAAAGUCUCAACCUUUAGUCGAAAGAGCAAGGAUCUGAGUGAGUGAGCGAUCAUGUGUGGUGGUGCGAUUAUCUCCGACUUCAUUCCAGCGGGUCCCGCCGGCGGGGCGCAGCGCGUGACCGCCGACAUCCUGUGGCCGAAUUUGAGGAAGCGGUUCUCGAAGUCGCUGCUGGACGAUGAUUUCGAGGCAGGGUUCAGAGAAUUCGAGGAUGACUCGGAAAUCGAGGAUGUCGAUGAUGAGGACGAUGAAGAGGAGGAGGAGUUGAAGAAGAAGAAGCCCUUUGGGUUCUCUCGCUCCAACAACAAGGCUGCUUCUAAGCCUCUCUCUCGUGGAGCAACAACUGUGAAAUCUGUGGAAUCAAAGGGGCAAGCUGAGAAGUGUGCCAAGAGAAAGAGGAAGAACCAGUAUCGCGGAAUCCGCCAGCGUCCAUGGGGAAAGUGGGCUGCUGAGAUUCGCGACCCAAGAAAGGGGGUUCGUGUUUGGCUUGGAACUUUCAGCACUGCUGAAGAAGCUGCAAGAGCUUACGAUGCUGAAGCAAGGAGGAUCCGUGGCAAGAAAGCCAAGGUGAAUUUCCCUGAUGAGCCUUCAGGCGCUGCUUCCUCAAAACGUCUCAAGGCGAAUCCAGAGGCUCAGCCAAUGAAGAAAAAUCUGAACUCUGUGAAGCCGAAAAUAAACCAGAUGUUCAAUUUUGGUGACAAUCUUGAGGGCUACUACAGCCCUAUAGAUCAGGUGGAACAGAAACCACUGGUUAACCAGUAUGUUAACCGUGCCCCGUUUGCUGGAAAUGGAGUUCAAGUCUCACCUGUUACUCCAUCUGCUGAUGUUACUGCUUACUUCAGCUCUGAGCAUUCGAGCAGCUCGUUUGAUUAUUCUGACCUCGGAUGGGGUGAACAAGUCCCCAAGACACCCGAGAUCUCAUCCAUGCUUUCUGCUGCUCCUUUGGACGGUGAAUCUCAGUUUGUGCAGGGUGCUGCUGAUCAGAAUCAGAAGAAGAACAACCUGCUGGAUAUGGCAUCUGUGCAAGAUGAUUCUGCAAAAACUCUUUCUGAGGAGCUUGCAGACAUUGAAUCCCAGCUGAAGUUCUUUGAGACCCCUUCUUUUCUUGAUGAAGCCUGGGCUGAUGCUGCAUUGGCGUCUUUGCUCAGUGAAGAUGCAUCUCAGGAUGCUGCUGGAAACCCUAUGAACCUUUGGAGCUUCGACGACCUGCCUUCCAUGGCAGGAGUCUUCUGAACACCUUCAUAUCCCUUUUUAUGUAAAUAAAGCUACAAGAAUUGUGAUCGUGAUGUUGGUGAUGGAAUCCACAGCAAGAAAACCAACCUGCUUAAAGCAUAUGUGGAGUUUAUUUAUCUUGUAGCUAAUGCAGUAUAGGACUAUAUAUAGGUUUUUAUAGGGUAUCCUUUGUGUGAAACUCAAGAGACCUCGUUUUCAGGGGAUUUUCUGUUUGAUGUCCAUAAGGAUUAUCAAUUAUGUUAUAUAUGGUCUGGGAUACAGUCUUGACUUACAGUUUUUAACUUGGUUGUUUUCAUUGUUAUGGCAAUUUGAUUAUGAUUUGAGACCAGCCAUUUUUCAA